UCAUCGUUUUCCGAGCCUUCAUGCUCGCAAGCGGCGGCAAGUCGCACAAGCAACGUAAUGUCUCUGUUUAGAAAACCGAACAGAAAAUUUCGGCAGAGACUGCAGCACAGCGACACUGAAGACGAAGCAGAGGUGACAAAUGUCCCAGUGGAAAAGUCGCCGCCUCGGGUGGAGACACCAGCAGCGCCGGUGGUAGAGGCAGAUGACUCCAAGGCGCCGGCGUCUCUGCUUAGUUUCGGUGAUGACGACGAAGAGGAGACGGAGGUGUUCAAGGUGCGGAAGUCGACGUACAGCCGACGACUGGCCAAGCAGUUGGAGCGUGACCGUAAGAAGAAGCUUCGUGAGGCAACGAAGGUGGAAGUCAAGCCAGAGCCCGAGCCCCUACCCUCUGCACUUCCUGAAAAGCCCUCAGUGCGGCCUUUUAGCGAUGAGCUAGAAAUUAAGAUUAAGAACACAUUCAAGAUCCUCAACUCUGAAGAAAUCAAGGGAUCGGAGAGCGAAGAAGAAGAUGAGGGAGAGGGCCCUCAGUAUCGGCGUCUAAGAAAUGUUAUCCAAAGUGGUGUAAUUCCUGAUGCGGCUACUAUUUAUGCUUUGAAGAAGAGAAGGCAGAUGGCACGUGAGAUGGGCGACUUUAUUCCUGUGGAGCAGCCAGAGGAUCAGAAAGGACGUGGUGAAGACGAAGACCAGAGUGAAGAUGAGGAGGGCCGCAUCAACUUCACUGUGAACACAGCUGCCCUAGAGAAGCAACGUGCCAGGGAGGCUCUGAUUCAAGCACAGGAAGAGCAAAGUGGUGAUGAGGUGGCCCGCGAGGAUGUUGCUGAGUUGGAGCGCUGGGAGCAGGAGCAGAUGAAGAAGGGUGUCAGCACUGCACCGGUUGCAGCAGUCCCAACGCCAGAGGAACAAUGUGUGGUGCCAGCAUACUUCACAGAGCAGCCCCCUGCUGUGUCAAUCCAGGACAGGCAAAACCUCAGCUCUCAGGCUGUGCUUGAGCGCGUCACGGAUCGGCUCGCCACAGUGCGUGAAAUGCUGGCCCUGCAUCGACGGCAGAAAACACAGGCGCUCACCGACCUGGAGGUGUCGGCGGAGACUACCACACAGCUGCGUCAGGAGCAGCCUAAGUUGGAAACAAACUUCCGCUUCUUCCAGGAGAUGCAGUCAUAUGCUGCUGAUCUCAUUGAAUGCCUCGAUGCCAAGACACCCGUGAUCCUGGCCUUGGAGGGGCGCAUGAUGUCUUUGCUUUGUCAGCGUAGUGAGAAGCUUGUACAGCGCAGGCACCAGGACAUCAAAGACCAGGCUGAAGAAUGCAACAUUGCAGUGAAGGCAAUGCGGGGACAGCCUGUGGAGGCUAAUAAUCGAGGCAGCCAGCAGCGAAGUUGGCGGGCAGCCGAACGAGAAGGCCGCAGAGUGCGCAGACGCAAGGCUCGUGAGGCCCAGCAUCAAGGCUUAGCACAGCCACGGAACUUGGUGCAUCACGAUAGCAUGUCCACCGACGAUGAGCAGCCCGAUGCUGACAGGCUGUCCUUUGACAAGGAGCGAGAGCUCAUCCUGGAUGAUGCAAGGCAUGUCUUCGAAGAUGUAACUGAGCAGUUCAGCAGCGUGGCCGCCCUGAAGCAGAAGUUUGAGCGCUGGAAGCGGGAAUUUGGUGAAUCGUACGAGCAGGCCUACAUUCCCUUGUGCUUGGUCAAGCUGCUGGUGCCCUUUGUGCGGCUUCAGAUGGUCGCUUGGAAUCCCAUUGAGAAACCUGAGAGUCCCGAGAGCUGUGGGUGGUAUGACGCACUCCUGUUCUACGGCGAAGACACACCUGAUGACCCUGACCUGUGCCUCCUGCCCCGCAUUGUGGAGCGUGUCCUCUUGCCAAAGAUGGCUGCACUAGCAGAAAAGGUCUGGGACCCGAUGUCCAGCACCCAGACGCUGAACCUGGUGCGGACAGCCAAAAAACUGGUUGAGGAUUAUCCAACUGUCAAUGCCCAGAGUCGGCACUUACAGAAUUUCAUGGCCAAGGUGGCUGCACGCAUUAGCCGAGCUCUAGAUGAAGAUGUCUACAUUCCCCUAUACCCCAAAGAGGUUUUGGAAAACAGGUCGGGGGCGCCUGCAGCCUUUUUUCACCGCCAAUUCUGGUCCUGCCUUAAGCUUAUGAAGAAUGUGCUCAGCUGGCAAGGUCUGCUGGCUGAAGAGCCUCUCAAGGAGCUCUCCCUGUGCAGCCUCCUGAACCGUUACCUCAUUGUGGCCCUGCAGGCUGGCCUCUCUCAAAGGGACACAGUUGAAAAAUGCACUCGCCUGGUGUCAACAUUGCCAACAUCGUGGUUGCGAGGGAGCCAGCUUCCACAGCUGGAGUUGUUAACACGCUUUCUGCGACUCUACCUGCAACACCUUGAGGGCCUCUCUGGUUCCUCUAACCUGGGACCAGAUAUGCAUGCCAGAGAUGCUCUAGAAGAAGUUGGAAAGCUACUGGCCUCACUUACAGACAAGACCAAAUCAUGAGAAACAUGUUGGAAAUAAAAGACACACCUUGGCAUUGCAACAUUAUUGUAGCAAUGUGGGAGUGCUAU